UUUGUUUUUCUUGCAUCUGUGGAUUUAUUGCAUUUGUUUCUUGAUUAAUUGAAAAAUAAACUUUUUCGUCGCAUUUUUUAAACUCGUUUUAUAUUUCAAUGUUUCAAUGGAUGGGAAUGUAAAGACGUGCACUUUAUAUAAUGGGCUCUUGUCUGUGUAAAGAUAAAAACGAAAGUGAAGAGGACAAUGAUACGGGCGUUGGGCGUACACAACGACAUGCAAGAGGUUCACUCAGAAACUCAUACCGUAAUCCGGAAGUACUGCAGACAAAUGAUACAUUGAAAACACUUUCUGAUACUGUGGACAAAUUAGUACGCGAGACAUUAGAUGUGAUUAGUACAAUGAUUGAUAAUGAACCGAACCCACCUAGUUCUAUAUUAAUGCUACACAUUAUUACGGAAAAGCCAGCUGGUUGGACUGAACUGGUGCGUUCAUUAAUGCGCGUGGUGCCGGUAGAACAUCCCAUGGGCCCCAGUGUUAUUGCCCUACUACUAGAUGACAGUCCACUGCCUACAAAAGAUUCUGUACUGAAGGUCGGUGAAAUGGUUGCACCAAAAUAUGGUUUAAAAAAUAACCUACGCAAAGAACGAAAUUUAUGUGUUAUACUUGGCUGCUUAGCAGAAAAAUUAGCAGGACCUAGCAGUAUUGCAUUACUUAACAAUUCCAUGUUAAAGUACCUGAUUAGUAAUUUAAAUGAAGACAUCGAUCCGAAUGUAAAACUUCUUUCAUUAAUCGCACUCGAAAAAUUUGCCCAAACGAGUGAGAAUAAAGUGACAAUACAGAAAACUAUGCAAGAAAUGAAACAAAGCCCGUUUUUAGCGCUGGAGGAGCAUGUAUCAUCACCAAAUUUUUUAUUGCGUCAAAUAGGAUUUUGCGCUUGUUGGUGUUUAGACAACUACUUUCCAGUAAGCGGGCGACAAUAUUCAUAUGAGACAACCAAUGUCUCCAAAAUUAACGCCAUGCUUAAUACGAAGGAUGUAAGCGAAUAUUUGAAAAUAUCACCAGAUGGUUUAGAAGCGCGCUGUGAUGCUUACACAUUUGAAAGUGUCCGCUGCACAUUCCAGAUAACCAAAGGUUGUUGGUACUAUGAAGUUCUCCUAAUAACACCGGGUGUGAUGCAAAUCGGUUGGGCAACAAAAGAAUCGAGUUUUCUAAGUGACGAUGGUUAUGGUAUAGGUGAUGACAAAUACUCUAUUGGAUUUGAUGGUUGUAGGCGUAUUAUAUGGCACAAUGCCAAGUCAAUUCCACACAGUUUGCCAACAUGGAAAAGUGGCUCGAUUCUUGGUUGUUUACUUGAUUUAGACAAACAGGAAGUUAUUUUUACUCUCGAUGGAGAAUCGACUGAUCCUUAUAGACACAUAUUCAAUAACGUUAAGGAAGGAUUUUUUGCGGCAGCAAGUUUUAUGUCCUUUCAACAAUGUAGAUUUAAUUUUGGACUGGAACCAUUUCGAUAUCCACCACAAAGAGCAUUUCACAAUUUCAAUGAAAGUGGGAAGCUGAGUUCAAGUGACAAGAUAAUUUUGCCUCGGCAUAUUUAUCUGGAUAUGUUACGAAAAGUAAGUGUACGUGAUGACUCCUGUACACUAUGCUUUGACAAAAAGGCUACUAUGAGGUUGGAGCCUUGCGCGCAUAGAGGGUUUUGUGUCACGUGUACGGAACAACUGAAGUUUUGCCCCAUGUGUCGCUCGGACAUACGUACAAAAGUACAAGAAUGCACUGAUAGUCCUGUUAAUGUGGAAGUUUCUGAAGCAGAAAUUAUGCCCACGGAAACAUGACAUAUUUUAUCUCAAAUUAUAGUUAUGUAAAAAUUACAGACUCGUAGAGAAGUACGAUCUAUACA